UCUAGGGUUUUUAUUUCGCCAACUCUCCCUCAAUCUCUCUCCUUCCAGGAAAAAAAUCCUCUUUUUCUCUCCAAUCCCAACCCUAAUUUUCAUCAUCACAUGGAUCGGUUUUUCUCCAAUCAAGGACCCAGAAUUUUGAUAGACAACACCUCCACCUUGAAUUUUUGUUCUAGAAUCUCAGCCGUCCUCUGUACCUCAUCUGUCUCUCAAAUCUUGUUCCGGAUACAAAGAGCUUGGUCUUGUUUGUAACGGUGCAGAGAUCUGAUCGAAAUGGGGAAGCGCAAUAGUCAACGUAAAAAUGCAACUUUGUUUGAUAGUGAUGAUGAUACUUUGAGUACUUCAUCGACAUCAGCAUCAGACACACAAUUUGCACAGGAGAGCGAAGAGGUGCGUGGUGGAGCACAUUCACUGGAGACUUAUUUGGAUGCCUUAUUUGAAAAGAGGGGAUCUACACGGGAGAAGGCUUUGUCAGGACUUACUGAUGCUUUUACAAGUCAUUUACAGCUUCAAUUUGCAGAGAACAAUUACGUUACUUUACAGCAUCAACUUAUAAACUCAAGCAAAAAGGGAUCUACCAAAGAGGCUGCCCUAGCUGCUCAUGCCCUUGGUUUGCUGGCUAUUACUAUUGGUUCUGGAGAUAGGGCUCAUGAAAUAAUGGAAGAGUCAAUUCCACCCCUCUCGCAAGCCCUUAAAUCUGGAUCCGAGUCAUUGAAGAAAUCAUCUGUAUUAGACUGUUUGGCCAUCGUCACAUUUGUUGGUGGAAAUGACUGCGAGGAGACACAUAGAUCUAUGCAAAUGAUGUGGCAAUCAAUUCAUCCAAAAUCAGGUUCUAAUGUUGCAUCUGUGAGCAAACCCACACCUGCUGUGCUAGCAGUGGCUGUAUCUGCAUGGUCUUUUCUGCUUACAACUAUUGACAGAUGGAAAACAGACUCUAUUAAUUGGCAAGAGACAAUCUCCUUCCUUUCAACUCUUCUAGACAAGGAUGAUCGUUCUGUUCGUAUUGCAGCUGGUGAAGCAAUUGCUCUUAUUUUCGAAAUAGGAAGUCUGGAGAGAUUCUCUGGAGAAGAUAAGAAUGAGAUUGACAGCUUAGGAACUGAGGGAAAUAAUUCACGUGGAGGAUUUACAUAUGUUGAAGGAUUGAAGGGGAAGAUCCUAAAUCAAGUGAGGGUCCUAGCUGUGGAGGCAGGUGGCAAGGGAUCUGCCAAGAAAGAUCUCAACAGCCAGCGGAACUUGUUUCGAGAUGUUCUGACAUUUCUUGAGAUCGGUGCUUGUCCAGAAACAUCAAUCAAGAUUCAUGGCGGCGAUAUACUGAAAGUUUCGACGUGGAGUCAAUUGAUACAGUUGAACUUUCUCAAGCGCUUUCUAGGAUCUGGCUUUCUGAAGCACAUGCAGGAAAAUGAACUGCUCCAUGAUGUUUUUGAUUUCAAGCCAAAGAAAAAGAAUCCAUUGGGAAGCGAAGAACUAUCGGGCAAUGAAAAGAGGGCAGUCAAGUUGCAAAAUUCUGCAAUCAACAAGGCAAGGACUCAGUUACUGAACAAGCAGCGUAUGUUGGCCCAGGAUAGAAACAAUGGGCACUAUGCUGCUGCCACCAAUGAAGAUGCUUAGAAGUGAAGGUUGGCUUGGUGGAUGCCACACCCUUUUUUCUUUUGCUUUUUAAAAUUUCCCCCCUUGCUCUCUCAUCUGUCUAAAAACAAUAUGGAAUAUUCUGUUUGCCCUAUGAUUUAUUUCUUUGCUGUAACUUAAUUAUUUUCAUCGGCGCUAUAUUGCUUAUCGAGAGGAUAAUAAAAAGGUGUUCAUUCUACCUUAUUAUGAUGGUGUUGGUA